AUGGCAGGUCAUCAUGUAAUGAUGCAGAACACACUUUUAGGCGGACAUGAACCCUACAUAGAAAUAUUUGAACAACCCAGGCAAAGAGGGAUGAGAUUCAGAUACAAAUGUGAAGGCCGAUCGGCUGGUAGCAUUCUUGGUGAACGCAGCACAGAAAAUAACCGCUCAUACCCAUCUAUCCAGUUGCAGAAUUUGAAUUAUAAUGUUAAAGGCAAAGUAAAAGUCACUUUGGUAACAAAGAAUGAGCCAUACAGACCACAUCCACAUGAUUUGGUGGGCAAGGACUGCAGAGAUGGUUAUUACGAAACAGAGUUUGGAGCUGAUCGUAGAGUGCUAUGCUUUCAGAAUUUGGGCAUACAGUGUGUUCGGAGAAAAGAAGUGAGAGAAGCCAUCCUUGCCCGAAAAACUCGUCAAAUAAACCCCUUCGGAGUACGAGAAGAGCAGCUACUCACAAUUGAAGACUAUGACCUCAAUGUUGUACGACUGUGCUUCCAAGUCUAUCUUGCUGACGAACAAGGGAACUAUACCAGAGCUCUGGUACCUGUUGUCUCCAACCCCAUUUAUGAUAACCGAGCUCCUAACACUGCUGAGCUACGGAUCUGUCGUGUGAAUAAAAAUUGCGGCAGUGCAGCUGGAGGCGAUGAGAUAUUCCUACUAUGUGACAAAGUUCAAAAAGAUGACAUUGAGGUCCGAUUUUUUUCUGACAAUUGGGAAAACAAAGGGAUCUUUGGACAAGCUGAUGUGCACCGUCAAGUAGCCAUUGUUUUCAAGACACCCUCUUUUCCCUUUCCUAUCACUGAAGUUACAACAGUGAAAAUGCAGUUGAAAAGACCAUCUGACCAAGAAGUCAGUGAACCUAUGGAUUUCAGAUACAUACCUUAUGAAAAAGAUCACUAUACAAAAAAGAUUAAAAAAAAUGAGGAUCUUUUACGUAUAUUAUGGGAUUCUCAAAAAGUGCAACAAAUGGAGAAAGCAGAAAGCCCCUCCGCAACCUUAUCAAGAUUCAAUGACAGAGAGCGAACGAUUAAACCAGGUAAAGAUUGCUUCUCUGAUUUUGAUUUCACCCUGCUACCGUGUUUCCCCGAAAUGGAAUGA